UUAAAAACUUUAUAUACACUCGCCAAACUCUAUGGUGUGGUAACGAUGUCUUCGACUCUCUCAUACAUAUAUUUCGAAAAGGUCCAAAGAACCCUCGCACAGCAGGAAUCGAAUCUAUAUAGGAUGCGGAAAAGAAAAACUUUCAAUUUUUGGGGUCCACAAGAGGUUCUUCUCGCGUCUAUAUUCGAAAUAGAAGAAAUGAUGCUGUGUAUUUGCCACUGAGUGGGGAUGAGUCUAUAUAGGUUUGGGGUAGGUUGCUCAAGGGACGAGUAUAGUUCAAGAGUCACGAGUGUUCCAGACUCCAAUGAUCAUUCGAAUAGUGAAGUGAACAUGUGCGUUUUCGUGUUUUAUUAUUGUUCAUUUUUUUUAAAUAAAUAAACAAACAAACAAAUAAACAUUUCAAUUUUAAUGGAAUAAAGUGUAUUCAGUGUUUGUUAAAUACAAUUUAAAAAAAAAAAUGGAUCUUUCUUUCAUCUUUUACACUUUUUUGAUUGGUGCCUGUCAUGGAAUGAUCUGGGGACCAGACAGAGAGGAUCAAUGUGAAAAUGCCAUGAGAACAUCUUUUCUCGAGGAUAGUGCUACCACUGCCGAUGAGACACCCUCCAGACUCGAAGCCACUUGGCUAUCACAAGAAUGCGAAGUUCGAGCUGGACCGGAAUAUCUGAUUCGAAAAUAUCUAUUUUUUCCAAAUGGAACAUUUUUAUUGUCAAGAUAUCAUUAUGCAGAUGAAUCCUGUACCAUUCCAACUCAUACUGUCGUUGCUCAUGGAACAAUAAAAUUACAUGCUCCAUCAACAUUUAUACCUGGAGUUACAAAAACAAAAUACCUGUUGCAUACCGUUCACGUUGUUCCGCUUAAUCGACAAGUCGCCCAUAAAUUUGAGCACAGGGUCAACGUCACGUGCAGUCCACAACCAAAAUGGAGACCCUAUGUUGCGCAAUUAGUUUACCAAGUAAAUCAAAGAUUUUCAAAUAUCCAUUGGGACGAGGGUUCAAUUUCAAGGUAUAAUCAACUCGAAGGUCAUCAGUCAUUGCACAUUCAUCGUGGAAUUGAUUGUUUAAGGCCAUUGGGAAUUGAUUUUGGAGAAUUAGACCUUGUCAGAGUACAAAAGAAACCUUCAAGUUCUAAUGCUUUUGCCCUUGGCUCUAAUGGUCAACCCCAAGUUCAACUUUUCCUCGCUGGUUUACCUCCAAAUAGAAAUUCUCGUUUUUCACAUUUUCCAUCCUCGCUACAGUCUUCACCUCUCAUUCGAAGCGAUAUGAUGUUUGGAUGUCCAAUUUGCAAUGCUGUAAUUAGAUCAACAGACAGUAGUCCACCAUUGCUCAAUGAAGGAGUUGCACUUCCGGCUUUAUUGGGUGGUUCUUGGCUAAGUGUGAAUUGCGAGAGUUUCAAGGGUGGUCUUUGGAUUAAACGACAACUACAAGUUUAUUCAGGUGAUAAACUUUGGACCGGUCGUUGGGAUUAUUAUACAGAUCCAAAAUGUCUCUCCUACAUUUAUUCAGUGACUGCUGCCGGAAGUUAUGUACAGCGUGCAGGUCGUCAAAGAAGACACGACGAAAUUGAUAGAUACGUUGAGGAAAAUCUUUUACCUAAUGAAAAUAAAAAAGUCGAAUCUAUCGAUUUUGACGAUUUUUCAAGAAUGAGACGUGAACCAUUCAAAUCAAAAUAUCAUAAAGAUUUUAAAAAUUCUUUAAUGAAAAAAAGAAUUUUAGAAACUAAAGAAGAAAUUUUAGAAACACAACUUCCAAAACAAGAGGAAACAUCGAGAAAAAUUGGCGAGACUAUUGAAAAAAUAUCAUUUUCAAAUGUUUUACCAAAACCAAAUAAUGAUGAAAGUGCAUCGACGGCACAACCAAUAUUGUCAGUGUCAAAGAAAGUGAAACGAAGCGUCAAUGAGGAGGAAUCGUAUCGUCAUCUUUUGAAAAAUGCCCAACCAUCAUUGGCGGAAUCAUAUGCGGCAAUGUUGAGAGGAAAUCAACGUCAAAUUGAAACAACUAGAAAACCAAUGCUGUCAUCUGUACCAACUGGAACAACAGAAUUGGAUCUUCAUGUGGCGGAGAGUUUUUUGAUUCCUGGGGAUAAUUUUAUUGCCAUUCGUUGUGGUGGUCAUUUAAUGACUAAUUCAGAAUCACAAAUGGGCAAAGCUUUGCCCACAUGGCCCAAUAAUUGUGUACCUGAUUCUUUAGAAGCACCAUCGACACUUCGAUUUAAAGCCCGAGUUGGUGUCAAUUGGAGUGGUCAAUAUACAUUGAAACUUGGCCUACGUGAAAAUAAUCUUUGGGAUGCACCACUUCAUCAAUGUGGUCCAACGGAAUAUCAUAAUCCAUUGUUGAGAGCUCAUCUCAGAAGAAGUCUUGGUAUCAAAUUUGGUCUUUUUUCAUCAGCUGCUACCAAAUCUACAGUACCUGCGUGUCUCAUUGGAUUGCAAAUUCUCUUUUUUUUGUAUCGAUUUUGAAUUUUCGAUUUUUCAAUUUUUAAAAUAGUAAAUUAGUUUAUUAAAGAAAAAAAUUUAAUUUUUAUAUUGAGAAUCUCAAAGAGUAUGAAUAUACGUGUAAAUAUUAUAUUUUUAUUUAUAUAAAUAAUUGUCUGUAA